AUGAAUUAUUUUUCGAGGUGGAGCUUAUUUCAUUCAUUCAUUCGAUUUUACAUGCUAUUUUUCUCUUCUUUUUGGAUUUAUUUACACUUUCAGCUGGGACAUUAAUUUGUUGGGUAAUUCGCGAAUAUUCACCAACUUUCUAGAAAAUUCAAGAUUGGUCCAAGGAAAUUUUUGUUCAUUUUUUCAUUCAUCUUUGCAUGCGUCAUCAUCGUUUCAGAAGUUGACAGAAAAAAAGUUAAAAUCGGCAAAAUUUUUUCCUGUGCUUUUGUUUUUUUCAAAGAUUCCAAAUUAUAAGGAUUUCUUUCGUGAUCUCGAGAAAAAAUUCUAUGUCUAUACAAUGAAUACAACUUUAACGCGAUCAAAUGCAGUGUUUGCAUUUACCCUUUCUAAUUUAGCCUUCUUGACGGCUUUUCUGGUUCUGUCUACGAUGACUAAAGACUAUUCACAAUUGGCUGAUGUUAAAGUAAAUAGUGUUCGAAAAUUGGUUAAAAAUGUAGCAGAUUAUUCAGCUGGUCGUGAACGUAAUGAUUUAGGAUUUUUGUCAUUCGAUUUAGAUGCCGAUUUUAGCCGCGUAUUCGAUUGGAAUACGAAACAAUUGUUUCUAUUUCUAACCGCUCAAUAUAAAACAAAAACGAAUGCUUUAAGUCAAGUUAUUCUUUGGGAUUAUAUUAUGCUACGUGAUGAAAGUAAUCAACAUCGUUUGAAUCUACGUAAUCAGCAUACAAAAUAUUAUUUCUGGGAUGAUGGCAAUGGCUUAUUGGGUAAUAAUAUCACCUUAACAUUAUCUAUGAAUGUUCUGCCUAAUUCUGGAUUUUUGCCAAUUCAUUCGAUUCCAACAUCGCAACAUAAUUUUAUUUUUCCCAAUCAAUAUGAUACGAAAAGUAAUGUAUAAUUUCCCAUAUGGAAUAUUGAACCAAAUUGUAUUUUUAAAGUUUGUCUCAUUAAUUAUUUUCUCCUAAAUUAUAAUUAAUAAAGAAGAUUGUAAGAAAA